GGGAGAUCUCCGCCUCUCAGGGCGAGGCAACCAAGGCCACGCCCCGCGCCUGCCGCGCCUGCCAUGGGCGAUGACUGACCUGGAAGCGUCGGUCAUCAACUCUCUGUGCAGAUGCAAGCAAGGUGAGCUCAAGAAAGGUGAGGACUCCGCCUACCGCACGCCCAUCCCGGAGACCGAGGAUCAUGCCGAGUUCUUCCUCUGUGGUGAGCCUCCGGAGGAGCCCUUGCCUCCAGAGGAGGUCCCGCAGCUGCCGAGCCGCCCACGAGAAGGACUCAUCACGUACUCAGCUGAGAUGGAUCUGCCGCUCAACCAUCCGCCCAUGAGGUCUGGCGAGGUGUGGCAUCUCUGCCAAGAAGAUGGAAAGACCUUCGAAAAGGUGAUCCUUUCCAUCCACUCCAACGGCUUUUCGAUAAGUUAUCCAGAGGACAACCACCCGGCCAUGAGUGUCGCAUGGUCCCCAUUUUCGCUGGUACAAGCCUGUCGCCUGCACACGAUUCAGGCUGACCAGAGUCAACCCUGGCUGCGGCUGUUUAAGGUCUCGGUGUUUCACCACGGGCUCACCCACUUCUUUGCCACCCACGGCGCCGGGGCCGACACGGAGCGGGCGCGGUGGGUCGCCGAUGUGAGCCGAGCUCUGCGGAUCCUCACGCAGUCGCUGUUCCCCAGCUUCCAGCUGGCGGUCUUCCCUUUGCCCGGGGCCAGUUGGACGUCCACGAGGCUCCUCUCAGGCUACAUGCUGCUCUAUGACGACCAGGGUGUAUCGUUAGUGUAUGGUGAGCUGCACGCGCACUGUGACUCCACUGCGGGGUUUGCAGCCUAUGAGGACGAUGCCUGCAAGGUGCAAGUUGUCCACCUCUCCAUUGAUACCAACACCUGUGUCAGUGAGCGAGUGGGCAUCGACUGUAGCUGCUUCAGCCUGGGGGAUCACCACUUCUCCACGAGGACCUGCGCGGAGAAGAUGCUGUGGCUCCGGGCCAUCAGCAACGUCAAGGUGAAGCUGCGACACCUGGCAGCUACGCCCACCCCCAACGAGCUCCGUUUCUACCGUGCUGCUGUACGAGAGCAGCGCCCCGCAGAAAUUGGAACCGAGCGGGGGAUGAAAUGGCCAGAGCGCUGUAUG